GCAUCUUUCUUAGCAGCUUGUCGAACGGGCAAAUUAGUCUCUCUUCCAAUAAUGGCUUUUCUUCAUCAUCAUCUUUUUCUAAUAAUAAUUAUUACCAUUUUUCUCUCGGGAAUGGCAUAUACUAACAGCUCCCAUAAUUAUAACAUGUAUCAUCGGCAUUCCGAAGAAGUCACUCGAGUCUUGGGCGCCGCGGGUUUGCCGGCAAAGGGCACGGCGGAAUAUUACUCGGCAUGGGCGGCUUACGAUCAACGCCGCCACCUCUCUUCCUCCCACCGGAACUUGCCGGCGUUCACCUUUGCCGGUGGCGAUAUCACCGAGAACAUUAUCAACCUGGCAAGCCUCCAGUAUGCCCUUGUAUAUGUGGGUACCCCUCCGGUGCCAUUUUUGGUGGCACUUGACACCGGAAGUGCCACAUUCUGGUUGCCAUGCGGCUGCAACGACUGUGCCCGCUCCUUCCAGAAAUCACACGGAGAACAAAUAAACCUCUACUCGUACAACUACAGUGCGUCACAAACGAGUGAGGUUGUUCCCUGUGGUAGCCCCUACUGCUUCCCCCCCAAGAGAGAGGACUGCCCUCUCCGCGCACCCGAUAACUACCCAUGCCCCUACGAAGCCGACUACAUGGCCAAGAAUACUUCGUCCAGGGGCAUUCUCGUCAAAGAUGUUAUGCACAUCGAAACCUACGACGACAACCGCACCCGUAGCAGCGCACCCGUCAUAUUGGGAUGUGGAAAAGUAGAAACAGGUGAUUUUCUGGACGUGGAUGCGGUCAACGGGCUACUUGGACUGGGGUACAGUGCGCUCGACGUCACAAGCCUCCUAUCGUCCCAAGGUUUGGUUCGAAACUCGUUCUCUAUGUGUUUCGCACCAAACGGGUACGGUAGGAUCGCUUUCGGGGAUAAAGGCGACGAUGACCAGAUAUUCACCCCAAUAUUACCUACCUUUGAUAAAAGCCCUUAUUACAACAUUGAGAUAGAGCACAUAUCUGUGGAUAAUGUUGUAAUCAAUGUUUCGCUGGUUGCCCUUUUUGACUCCGGCACCACUUUAACCUACCUGACCGGAGAGGCAUACACCUUGGUCACCAAAAUUUUUAAUUCUUUAAUUGUGAAUGCCACUCUCAGUCCAAUACCCGUGGGUCCUUUCGAGCAUUGUUAUGUUGCAAGGUUACACGACUACAGCGGCGGACCCUCAACCCGGUGGUGGUGGCUCCUUAACCCGGCGGCGGCCGAUCCUCAACGCGGCCUGACUGCACGCGAACGGCGCCGAUUCUCCUCGAACCAGCGGCGUCGACUGAGGACGGCGACGAUUCAGGAUCUGCUAUUGAUGGCGGCGGCGACUCCUCCAAGCGGCGGCGGCUCCUUCUGCCGCUACUCAUGUGUGCGACGGUCUAUAGCAAACCGCGGCAGAGAUCUGGGAGCUCGACGGCGGAAACACACAGCAGCGACGUCAGCGAUCUUCCUCGCCCCGGUUCAAGACCCAGCGGCGAACUCGACGGCGACUGGGUUAGCGACGAUUCUCAGCGGCUUCCCCUGUGCUCCCUCUGCCCUCCGGCGACUGUGCACAGAUCCAAGAACUCUGGGUGACAACUAGCAAUUUGUGUUCGUGUUGAACAAACUAGGCUCCGAUACCACUUGUUGGGAAUUAAACAUACAACACACACAGAUAUCUGCGAGAAUCAAGAGAGAAACGGAAAACAAACGACACACAAGAAUUUAACGUGGUUCGGUUUCCCUAAUCCACGGCUGCAACAGGAGGAUUUUCUUAUUUCACUUGUGGUGCCGAUUACAAGUACAAGUAUGCAAUAUAUAUAGGAAGAGCGCAACUAGGGUUACAACAAACGGGCCGGGCCUACAAAUUAAGCCCAAGCCUCCACAAACCCAACAAGAAAAAGAAAGUUAAUAUACUUAGAUCCAAUAAAUAAAUAAAUACUAAACUGGUCU